UUUUUAAGAAUCCUGAUCAGUUUCACAUUAACUGUGUGUUCAUUUGUUGCUUAUUCAGCACUUUGUUGUUCUUGUUUUUUUUUUUUAAGUUCGUUCUAAAAUAACAGCUGAGCUGAAGGUGGCGCUACACAGCAUGUCGUCUCCAGAGAUCUCGUCUCUGUCAUGGGGUCACAUGAAGGUUAAAGGAUGCUCCUCCAGCUACAAGGACUGUAAGGUGUGGCCUGGAGGCAGCCGGACCUGGGACUGGAGAGAGACUGGGACCGAUCAUUAUCCAGGUGUGCAGCCAAGUGACCUGGAGGAGGUGCUGAAGAAGGGCGUUGACCUGCUGGUGAUUGGCAGAGGGAUGACUGAAGCGCUGCAGGUUCCCUCCUCCACUGUGGACUACGUGAGGCAGAAAGGUGUGGAGGUGAAAGUCCUGCAGACGGAGCGUGCCGUCUCUGAGUACAACAAACUGGCUGCUCAGGGUGCCAAAGUGGGCGGGGUCUUCCACUCCACCUGCUGAUCAUGUCAUCAGGUCCAGAAGAAUUUGGACAAUUAUUAUUAUUAUUUUUUUUUUCAAUUUUCUCUAAUUGCCACAGAAGCUGGAAAUGAAGUCCAGGAAAAUGUCCAUGCCUCCAUCCUGACUGGUCCCAAGACAACCGGCUGUAAGAGUGAUGAUUUCUACAUAAAAUAAUAAUAAUGAUGACGUAGUUUGUCUAAUUGCUUAUGGACUCUGAUGCUGAUGUCAGCUGCACGGGCCGACCCGGUGUUCUCUGUCAUGACUGUAAAACGUGCCGACACCAACGUGUGAAGUAAAAAUAAAGACUGAUGACACUUAACCAGAUGUCUCAGAGAAAAUCGGGCGGGGGUGUCCAGAUGGCCCGACUGGGAUUUUGAUGAAAUUACCCUUCAAAUAGAUUGAUUAGGCAUGGUCAAGUUUGUUUUUCAUCAGACCAAAUGUUACCCCAUUUUUAGUCAAUUCAAAAUUUGAUGUCAAAACACCCCAAGAAUCUGUUACAUUAAAAUAUAUAGUAAAAAUGGCCAACUUUGACAAAGCAAUUUUCAAAUCCAAGCAUGU